AUGUGUCCAGUUUGGAGGCCAGUCACAGCUCCUCCACAGGUGAAGCACUUCUGUCACUUGUCAGAUGAUGCACAAACUGUGAUGGCAGGUAUAUACAAACAAUGCAAUGACCAGAAGAAACAUCUUGCUGCUCGCAUUCAAGAGAACCAAGGGACCUACUAUCAACAAAUGUAUGAGAGGAGAUUCGGAGCUCCACCCUGUGUGACUCUCAGUUUGCAACAACCUACACCGACUGCCAGUAUAAUACCAGAACUGUUGCCACCUACCUUAGAGUUUAGAGAUGAUAAUCCUGACCUGCUACCUAAUAAUUUGGAAAGGGCAGUAUGUGAAAAGUCAGAUGUGCAUUCUGUAAGCUGUGGAUCUUUCAAUGAAAGUAGACAGGCAUCAACCAUGUUAGUAACUGAGUCGUCCAGAGAUGGUAGUGUUAAAGAGGUAAAAAUGAAACAGCCAUGUAGCACAUUUCUAGAUACAACUUUUGAGGGUGCAAAUGCUGACAUGUCACUUGAACAAGGCAAAUAUGCUUUCAAAAGUACACCUUUACAAGGGAAUAAUGGAAAAUCUGAAAUGACAUAUUCUACAAGUGCUGGAAAGAGGCACAUCAUCAAAACUCAUCCUUAUAACAUAAACUCUAAUAGUACACUCGGGAGCACCUCUAUGUAUCUUCCAUCAACAAGAGAUGUGAGACCAGAUGAACAAUUUAAGUUGACAAACACAGCCCAAAUCCAUAGAACAUCUAUAUCUGCUAGACUAAAACAGCACAUGACAAUCAGGAAAGACAUGCAGGUGAAACAAGACAAAAGAGAACAUUGUAAGAGACAAGCUGGAGCAAUCCCUCCAUCAGAGAAACUGAUAUUGGCUAAUAGUCCUGAUAGUAACAGGAAAAGUUUGUCUUCACAUUUCGCUACUCCUUACAAAAAGCAGAAGAGCGAUAGGAAUGACCAGAUAGUUUCUGAAUCUCUGCUGAAGACUACGGAAGCACAGGAUAUAUCUGCAGUUAGCAUGCAACAUAAAGCAAGAAUAGUGACAACUUUGAGUGAUCAGGAUCUAGGUGAUGUCCUCCAGACAUUACUCUCCUCUCCAGAAGUACUGAUUACUCUUGUGUACAAAAAUGGUUCUACACAGUUAAGGGACACCAGUACUGCUCAGAAUAAGGUAAGGAAAUCAACUGGAAGCUUCAGACUUAAGCAUUGGACAUCUGAGUUACAGGCUGUAGCAGUAUGUGGUUGUGUAGAUGGUGCUGAACCCUGUCAGCCAGCCCAGGUUUGGCUAUUUCCAUUACCAGGCCAUGGUAAAGAGUCAUGUGACUCACAAAUCAGAGAAUUCUGGAAACACUUGUUGACAAACCAACAUAGAAAAAUUUGCUGUGAUGCCAAGAGUUUAUUGCUUAUAUUGCUAAGAGAUUUUAGCAUCAAAAACACUAAAGAUGUUGCAGUAUUUGAUCCUGUAGUGGCAGCCUGGCUGAUUGAUCCUGAUUGUGAAAAUGUGACAUUUCAAAAAAGCCUGUCUCUUGUUAGUCUCACGUGGAAGGAUCAUGAGUUGAACAAGGCUACGGAUGUAUUGAGGGAGGAUAUGAUUCAGCUGUCGGAACUGAUGAGGCGUUUGUACCAGAAACUAAUAGCAAGAGAUUUGUGGGACUUAUACUGCUGUGUUGAAAUGAAGCUACUACCCCUCCUAGCAGCCAUGGAACUCCGGCCACUCAGAGUGGAUAGAGACGCCAUGCUCAGGUUCUCUGGCAUCCUCAAGAAAAAGCUAAAGAAGUUGGAAAAGAAUGCCUAUGAGGCUGCUGGUCAUCCAUUCCUUAUGAACAGCCCAGCCCAGCUAAGACAGGUGUUAUUUGAGGAGCUAAAACUUGAUAAGAAAUUACAAGGAUCAAAGAAACUGGCUAAAACAAACACUGGACAUCAAAUAUCUACAUCAGAGACUGUUUUGAACCAAUUGGUUGGCACACAUUGCCUUCCAGCCAUUAUAUUGGAGUAUCGUCAGGUGCAGAAGCUGAAAUCUACCUAUAUAGAUGGGAUGAUGUCAUGUGUUCAGGAAGGGUACAUAUCAACUCACUGGAAUCAGACAUCAGCAGCCACAGGCCGUCUUUCUUCCUAUCAACCCAACAUACAGGCCAUCCCUAAAACUUCCUCUCUGAUAUCCGACUAUACUGACAACUACAUAGUAGGAAAGGAGAGUGGUGACACAGUGGAGAUAUUUGCUCGGGAUUCCUUUGUCAGUCAUGACGACUGGUCUUUCCUUUCAGCAGAUUUUCAGCAGAUCGAAUUACGUCUUCUAGCUCAUUUAGCAGAUGACCCCAAUUUGUUGAAAAUAUUCACAGAUUCCGAAUCUGGAAACAAAGACAUCUUUGUAGAGCUUACAUCACAAUGGUUGUGUAAGCCUGUUAACCUUGUGACGACACAGGAAAGAGAGCAGACAAAGAGAGUGGUCUACUCAGUCAUGUAUGGUGCAGGAAAGGAACGGCUUGCAGAGUACCUAAAGAUGUCUCCCCAUGAUGCUAAAUCUAUCAUAGAUAGCUUUUUGAUUAAGUUUCCUGCUAUUUGCCAGUUCUCAAAGAAAUGUGUGGAUUUUUGUCAGAAAAAUGGCUUUACAACAACAAUUUUCAAACGGCGACGACUUUUUCCAAACAUCAAAUCUUCAUCACCAGUACUACGAGCACAGGCAGAGAGGCAAGCUGUCAACUUCUGUGUUCAAGGUUCAGCUGCAGACUUGUGUAAAGCAGCCAUGAUACAAGUGGAGCACACUCUACAGAGUCAUUCCCAUCUAAAUGCCAAACUGGUGGUCCAGAUUCACGACGAACUUCUGCUAGAAGUAUCAGAUGAGGAUUUGAAUGCCGUUAGAAGCCUGGUACAAUCUGUGAUGGAGGAUGAAGCGUCACUUUGUGGUAAAAUGGUGUCGCUUAAAGUUCCUAUCAAAGUUUCUUUGAGUGCUGGGAAGACCUGGGGACAUUUGACACCACUUGAUUCAGGAAAAGUUACAUGA